AUGACAACGUACUACAAGUUGGUGAAAGGUGCUACGAAGAUCAAGUCGGCUCCGCCUAAACAGAAGUAUCUAGACCCAAUACUAUUAGGGACCAGCAAUGAGGAGGAUUUCUAUGAGAUCGUAAAGGGUUUGGAUUCCCGAAUUAAUGACACAGCUUGGACUAUUGUGUAUAAGUCUUUAUUAGUAGUACAUCUCAUGAUAAGGGAGGGUUCCAAAGAUGUUGCAUUGCGUUACUAUUCUAGGACCCUGGAGUUUUUCGACAUUGAGAACAUACGUGGUUCCAACAGCAGUGCGUCUGGGGAUAUGAGGGCACUUGAUAGGUACGAUAAUUACCUAAGGGUCAGAUGUAGGGAGUUUGGUAAAAUUAAAAAGGACUAUGUGAGAGAUGGUUACCGAACAUUGAAGCUAAACAGUAACAACUACGGAAGUUCUAGAAACAAGCAACACUCUAUCAACGUCGCACUAGACCACGUGGAGUCCUUGGAGGUCCAAAUCCAAGCUCUGAUUAAAAACAAGUAUACACAGUUUGACCUGAGUAACGAAUUAAUCAUAUUUGGGUUCAAGCUGCUUAUUCAAGACCUGUUGGCUCUAUAUAAUGCUCUCAAUGAAGGUAUCAUAACUUUACUGGAGUCUUUUUUCGAACUGUCUCAUCACAAUGCAGAGAGGACUCUGGACCUGUACAAGACGUUUGUGGAUUUGACCGAACACGUUGUCAGGUACCUGAAGAGCGGGAAGACUGCGGGUUUGAAAAUACCAGUCAUCAAACACAUUACUACAAAACUGGUCAGAUCGCUAGAAGAGCAUCUAAUAGAGGAUGACAAGACCCAUAAUACUUUUGUGCCAGUUGAUGGUUCUCAAGACAACUCUGGUUCCACAGUAGCUAGAUCUACUGCGCAGGAAAGGUUGGAGCAAAUUCGUGAACAAAAAAGGAUACUAGAGGCACAGUUAAAAAACGAACAAGUAGCGAUAUCCCCUGCUGUGACUACUGUCACAGCCGCUCAAUCUUACAAUCCGUUCGGAACAGAUUCUUCCAUGCAGUCUAACACUCUAUUGGCGGGAGCUAAUCAAGCACAACAGAUCGCAAAUAACCCGUUUGUACCUCAAACGCAACCGCAGGUGAUGAAUACACAGACUGGUCGUACAGAUUCCGUAACUUUAAAUGCCCCGGAAUAUGCGAUGGUCCAACACACAGUGAAUACGAGCCCUCUACAAGAUCCCGGUGUAAGCGCCCAACAAACGGGUUACUAUUUUAUCAAUAAUCAUUUAACUCCCACAUUCACAGGCGCCGGAUUUGGAGGAUACUCCGUUUCACAAGAUACAACUGCCGCUUCGAACCAGCAAAUAUCUCAAUCACAAGCUGGUUCUAACAACCCAUUCGCAUUGCACAACGCUGCGACGAUCGCAACGGGAAAUCCCACGCACGAAAAUGUCCUAAAUAACCCAUUUUCACGACCAAACUUCGAUGAACAAAAUACCGGUAUGCCACUACAACAACAAGUAAUAAGUAAUCCUUUUCAAAACCAAACGUAUAAUCAACAACAACAACUACAGCAGCAAAAAAUCCCUUUGAGCACGAUCAAUAGCGUCAUGACAACUCCUACUAGUAUGCACGGGUCGAUGAAUAUUCCCCAACGUUUUGAUAAAAUGGAAUUCCAAGCUAACUACACUCAAAAUAAUUUCCAGCAGCAACAACAACAACAGGGUUACCACCCGUCUGCAACCGCAACCGUCAACCCUAUUAUAAAUACCACUGGAACCGCUCAACCUCAGGCUGUUCCUUUCUAUUCGCAACAGGUACAACAGCCACAACAGCCUCAGACGCAGCAACAAGUUUUAGGGAACCGGUAUACCAACAACGUCAACUUAAUUGAUAUGUGA